AUGCAUAUCCCUCUUAAGUUAAGGUUCUUUUCUGGAAAGUCUCCUCGCCCGGGUAACGAAGUAGAUUAUGAUGCAUGGCACAAUAGUGUUGAGCUAAUGUUACAAGAUCCUUCCAUCUCUGAUCUAGCACGUUCCAGAAAAAUUCUAGACAGCCUUCUGCCUCCGGCGGCAGACGUUGUCAGAACUUUGGGCCCACGCGCAACACCCAGGGCUUAUCUUGAUCUUUUAGACUCAGCAUUUGGUGCAGUUGAAGAUGGCGACGAGUUGUUUGCCAAAUUUCUGAGUACUCUGCAAGACACAGGGGAGAAACCAUCCCAGUAUUUGCAGCGACUGCAUGUAACCUUGACGUUGGCUAUAAAAAGAGGUGGGGUGUCCUCUAAUGAGGCUGACCGGCACUUGCUGAGACAGUUUUGUAGGGGAUGCUGGGACAAUGCCCUUAUUUCCGAGCUCCGGCUGGAGCAAAGAAAAAACGAUCCUCCUCUUUUCUCAGAACUUUUACUGCUGUUGCGAACAGCAGAAGAUAAACAAAGCACAAAGGAGUUGCGUAUGAGAAAACAUCUUGGUGCGUCUAAGCAGCGUGCAUCCUCUUACUCGUUAAGUGCUUCCACAGAAGAAACAUCAACAACUCAGGCUAUGGUUUUAGACUUGAAAAAGCAAAUUACAGAGCUUCAAGGUCAGGUUAAUAGCCUAAAGAAGGCAAAAGAGCAAACUAAAGGUCCUCUAGAAAGUAUGGCUCAUAGCUUACAAAAUCAAGUAGCCGAGCUGCAGACACAAAUGAUUGCUGUUAAGCCCACAAAAGCCGAAAAAGCGAAAUCUGCGGUAAAGAUGAGUAAAUCACAAUACGUGCAAACAAACCUGGGUGAGACUCCCCAUAGUUCACCCUUGACUAAAAUGUGUAGACCAAAGCCGUGGUACUGUUUCCAAUGUGGCGAGGAUGGCCAUAUUGCGUCCUCAUGUGGUAAUGUUGCAAACCCUGCCAUGGUAGCUUCUAAAAGAAAACUUUUGAAAGAGAGACAGUCUGCUUGGGACACCCAAAUGGGAUUACCCCGCUCUUCCCCUUUAAACUAG